AUGCUGACAAAACUUAUUAAGUUUAUUGCAACCAUCUUGGGAUCAUUAUCUGACAAUAAUUAUAACGAGGAACACUAUGGAAAAGGGUUGGUAGAGUGUAGAAAAGCAAUUAAAAUGAUUAAUAAUGGAAUGAGGUUUGCAAAGACCAUUGGCGAGAAGCAGCACCUCGAAGCCCAGAUGCGGCAGGUGAAAACGCUUCGAAAUCAGUUAAAGACCGAACAAAAGAAGGGGGCGGGGCUUAACACUCGACCGGAGACUGCUUACAAGAGGGUACAAUGGGAUGACUCUUUAUCAGCAUUCAACUCUAGAAUUAGAACGGGAGUCAUCUCAAACCUUAAACACAAGGACCCUGGCAGUUUUCUUAAUAACUGUAAGGCCAUAUUUAAACGGAGAAUCCAAAAUGCCCUAAAAAAUGACGCUGCAGUGAAAGUUAACACGGCAUUCGGAGGAGAGUUUGAAAUCGUUCAGGGAGAAAAAGUGCUUAACGAUACAAAAUAUUUUACUACUUCAAACUCAGCCAUAUAUCGAGACACCAAUCUUGAUGAAUGGUUUGAUGAGAAAGUAAUGGAGCCUAUCACUGCAAAAUUGGAGGAAUUCCAAGAGCGUGAUAGUGGCUGGGCACUAAAAGCUGUUGUCAACCUGGGGGUCAACAUCAACAAGUUUACCCCACAGCUCGGAUCCUCAUUCGUUGAACUUCCUCCACAGAUUACGAGAAAAAAAGCAUGCGUAAAUGUCAAAAAUGAUGAUGAGGCAUGCUUUGCAUGGGCUGUAGUUAGUGCUUUGUAUCCCGCUAACAAACAUCCUCAAAGAAUAUCCAAAUAUCCACACUAUUCUGAUGUAUUGAAAUUAAAAAGCAUUCAGUUUCCAAUGACUAUAAAACAAAUUCCUAACUUUGAAAAGCAAAACAAUAUUUCGAUAAACGUAUAUUACCUAAAAAAAGACAAACAUUUUAAGAUCCUCGCAACAUACCUUACAAAAAAUAGACAAAAUAGACAUGUGAAUCUGCUUUUGAUACAAGAUAAAUAUGACGAACCGCCUACGAAGUACCACUAUGUGUGGAUUAAAAAUUUAUCACGCCUCCUCUCUAAACAGUUAAGUAAAGAAGAGCAUCAAAAAUAUUUCUGCGACCGUUGCCUGCAUUACUCACGAUCACAAGAAACAUUAGAUAAACAUACAAUAGACUGCUUAAAACAAAAUGAGACUGUUAUCAACAUGCCUGAUAAGAGAAACAGCAUAGUAAAGUUUAAAAAUUUUAAAAAUAAAGUUAAGGUUCCAUUCAUAGUAUACGCGGAUUUGGAGAGCGUUCUAAAACCCACCGUUGAUCCGAAAAAACCUCAAAAGCAUAUACCUGCUGCCGUUGGGUAUUACUUUAAAUGUUCCUAUGAUGAUUCUCUGUCAUUUUAUAACUCAUACCGAGGAAAGGAUUGUAUGGAAUGGUUUGCUGAUGAAAUGAAUCAGCUUGCUGAGGACGCCUCCACCGUAUUUCUUUGUCCAUAUCCGAUCGAUAUGUCAGCAGAUGAUGAGCGAAUGUUUCAGGCUGCCACUCAUUGUCAUAUCUGCGAGCAACGCUUUUCUAUGAAAGAUAAAAAAGUCCGAGACCAUGAUCACAUGAUUCCUGAAAACAAUUAUCGAGGAGCCGCUCACGAAGGGUGCAACAUCAAUUAUCAAGACACCCACACCAUUCCAGUGGUCUUCCAUAAUUUGAGCGGAUAUGACGCGCAUUUUGUCGUUUCCGGCAUUGCUACACGCAUGAAAGGCUCCAUUGAUCUUCUUCCUAUCACUAAGGAAAAAUAUAUCUCAUUUACGAAGCAUGUUAAAGAUUCUCAAAUCCAGUUCCGUUUUAUUGAUAGUUUCCGGUUCAUGGCUUCUUCUCUUGACAAACUUUCUUCGUAUUUGCCCAAAUAUCCAAAUCUUCGCACCCAAUUUUCAUCUCUUCCCGAGGAGCAGUUCAAUCUUCUUACUAAAAAGGGCAUCAUGCCGUAUGAUUAUAUUGAUUCAUUCGAUCGCUUCAUUGAAACAUGUCUACCGCCUAUCGAGUCUUUUUAUAAUAAUCUUGAGGAUAAGCCAUGUCCUCGUCGACAUUAUCGUAGAGCCCAAGAAGUCUGGUUAUCAUUCUCCUGUUCCACUCUUGGCGAUUAUGUAGAUCUCUACAUGAAGACAGACAUUCUUCUUCUAGCAGAUGUCUUUGAACAAUUUCGUUCUAGUUGUCUGCAAACUUAUAAUCUUGACCCUGCUCAUUAUUACACUUUACCCGGCUUCACGUGGGAUGCUAUGCUUAAACAUACAAAGCAGGAACUUGAACUUUUAACUGAUCAAGAUAUGCAUUUGUUCACCGAGCGCGGAAUCCGUGGAGGACUUAGUCAAGUAUGCUCCAAACGUCGCGUUCAUGCUAACAAUAAGUAUAUACCCACUUAUGAUUCAUCUAAACCUGAUUCAUACCUUAUGUACUUCGACGUUAAUAAUCAAUACGGCUGGGCGAUGUCACAAUAUCUUCCAUAUGGAGGUUUCGAGUGGGUUGAUGCUAACAUCGAUGUCUUGUCGGUUCCUGACGAUGCUUCUGAUGGAUACUUCCUCGAGGUUGAUUUAGAUUACCCCAACCAUCUCCACAAUCAUCAUAAUGAUAUCCCAUUCUGUCCAGAAUCUUUAAAUCCGAAAACCAUGAAACCACCUUCACGACCAAGAGAACUUACUAAAUUAAUGGCCACCUUAAGCCCCAAAAGCAAAUAUAUAAUACACUAUCGAGCUCUUAAGCAAGCAUUAACUCAUGGCUUAGUACUGAAGAGGAUACAUCGAGUUUUAAAAUUCAAACAAUCUCCUUGGCUGAAGUCGUACAUAGACCUUAACACUGAACUUCGAAAAAAUGCUAAGAAUGAGUUUGAAAAAAACCUUUUCAAGUUAAUGAACAACGCUGUCUUUGGCAAGACCAUGGAGAACGUGCGCAAGAGAGUAGACGUUAGACUUGUGACAAAGUGGGAGGGUCGGUAUGGCGCAGAAGCACGAAUUAGUGAUCCAUUGUUUAAAAAUUUAACUAUUUUUAAUGAAAGUUUAGUGGCAAUCGAGAUGAGAAAGGAUGAAAUUUGGCUAAAUAAACCAAUAUAUGUUGGAAUGUGCAUCUUGGACUUGGCUAAAACCACGAUAUAUGACUUUCAGUAUGGUUAUUUAGCCGAUAGAUUUGGAGAAAACUUCACGACUUGCUACACGGACACCGAUUCAGUAAUAGUAGAGAUACGAGGAAAAGAUCCAUAUGAGAUGAUGAAAUAUGACUGCCACAAGUAUUUCGAUACAUCUGACUACGCUGCAGACAAUCCAUAUAAUAUUCCCCAGGUUAACAAAAAAGUUCCAGGCUUGAUGAAAGAUGAGAAUAAUGGUCGCAUUAUGACUGACUACAUAGGGUUGAGAUCUAAAUUGUAUACAACAAAAGUUCUAAUUACAGAUAAUGACCUUACAAAGAAACGAAAAAUGCUACAGAAUGAUGAGUAUGAUGAUGAUGAAAUUGGGGUGAUAAUCAGAAAUUUAGGCGUGACAAAGAAAGCCAAGGGGGUUAAGAUGAGCGUGGUUCUAAAUAAAAUAACUUUUGAUGAUUACGUUAAAUGUCUAGAUUCAUAUCAAUCUAUGUCGAUUCAGCAAAAAUUAAUAAGAUCUAUUAAUCAUGUUGUAUACUCCAUGGUUCAAGAUAAAAUAGGCCUUAACUCAAACGAUGACAAAAGGUGUAAAGUUUCAGACACAUACAAUACAUUAGCCUGGGGACAUUACUCUAUAAAUGCUGCACCCAUGGAUGUUGAAUAA